GAACAUACUUUUUAGUCCUUUAAUGGUUUUGAAAGUAAACGCAGAUAUUGUUUAAGAAAUUGAGGUAGUUGGCUGAGCAGUAACAAAGCGAUGAAACACAAAGCAUCUUGUUUCUCGAGUGCCCACAACUCUUAAACAAAGACUGAUGAUAGAGGAAUUAUAAAUAAAAAAUUCGUUAAGCAAAAGUAUUAUUCAACUACUAUACUAGUAGUUUCGGUCUAUUAGCACUCAGUUCAGUCAUUUGUUUGAAUGAUGAAAGCUCAAACAAACAUUUUUCUGAACUGCUUCGAUGUAAAGUAAGAGAAAUUAGUUAAAUAAACAGGUAAUAAGGAGUUGAAAAUCAAGCAAUCAUACUUGAAAACUUGUAAGCAAGACAAGGAGUACGUAAAUCUGAAUGGAAAAAGUUAUGAAUGGAGAAGAAAAGAGAGUUUGUGUGACUGGUGCUUCAGGUUUUAUUGCUUCUUGGAUUGUCAAGCUUUUGCUCCAACGAGGUUAUCAAGUCAACGCUACUGUUCGUAACUUAAAUGAUCCCACACAAAAGGAGCACUUGCUUGCAAUGGAUGGUGCUGAAAAGAGGCUUCACUUGUUUGAAGCAGAUCUCUUGGAAGAAGGUUCCUUCGAUUCUGUUAUCCGUGGAUGUGGUGGUGUUUUCCACACUGCAACUCCGCUUAUACUCUUUUCCACGAAUCCUGAGGAAGAAGUGAUUGAACCUGCUGUGAAGGGAACUCUUAAUGCUCUUUCCUCCUGUGUAAAAGCCGGUUCAUCUGUCAAACGAGUGAUUUUCACAUCUUCUACUGCAGCAGUUGUACACAAUGGAAGACCUCUCACCAAUGAGACAGUAGUUGAUGAAACAUGGUUUUCUUCUCCAGCAGGCUGCAGGGGAAGAAAAGGGGAGUGUUACAGUCUCUCAAAAACCUUAGCUGAGGAUGCUGCGUGGAAAUUCGCCAAAGAGAAUGGCAUCAAUCUGAUUUCAGUAAACCCUGCUGGUGUAAUAGGCCCAUUGUUGCAGCCAACAAUAAAUGCUACAACAUUUUACUAUAUUAUUAACUUGAUUAACGGGUCAGAAACCUAUCCAAAUUCAAGUUUUGGGUGGGUUCAUGUAAAAGAUGUAGCCGAGGCACAUAUUCGUGCCUUUGAGAUCCCUUCUGCUAAUGGAAGGUACAUAUUGAGUGAAACUGUUGCACAUUUCUCUGAAAUUGUCAAAAUAUUGCAUGAGCUUUACCCGAGUCUCAAACUUCCUGAAAAGUGUGAGGAUGAUCAACCACUUGCAGCGAGUUACAAGAUUUCGCAGUACAAAGCCAAGACCUUAGGCAUUGAGUUCAUUCCCUUACAAAUUGCUCUCAAGGAAACUGUUGCGUGCUUAAAGGAGAAGUUCAACAUUAGUGUUUGAUACUAUUUUUUCUUUCUUUCUUUUUCUUUUUCUAUUUCUACUAACUUGUUUAAUACUGUAUAUUCUUGGCUGUGUUUAGUUUCUGCAACAAUGAAGGAAAUGCUUGUAUGCUGUGAUUUAUAGACUAGUGUUUAAUUGGUGGCUAUAAACAUAUACUAUAAAGUCUAUAAUCAUGCAUGUUUCCUAAGGCCUUUUUCUCCUAGCAACUAAUAUACUGGACCAUAUGAAAAUAGGGACGUAUUUUAUUGAUGUA